ACUUUCAAGUAUGUAGUAGCUGUUAAACAGCCCCUCUAAAUUGUGAAAGUAGCGGAAAUAGUAACAAAUCAAAAUUCAAAAACAACGGUUAUAUAUCUCAUAAAUCAACACCACUGGGACUAUCUUGGACUAUGCUCGUUUUUCUUAGAAAUUGUUGAGCAAGAAGUGUAUAAGGAACAAUAUGGGUGUAAAGAACCUUUGGGAUAUCUUAGAAUCUUGCAAGAAAACUCUUCCUCUUCAUCAUCUGCAGAACAAGAGGGUAUGUAUAGAUCUUUCUUGCUGGAUAGUUCAACUUCAAAUGGUAAAUAAAUCCCAUUGUGCUAUGAAGGAGAAGCUUUAUCUUAGGGGUCUUUUCCACCGCCUUAGAGCUCUCAUUGCUUUGAAUUGUAGCCUCAUCUUUGUCACUGAUGGAGCCAUUCCUGCUAUCAAAUCAUCUACUUAUAGAAGGCGACUAAAUCCUGGAAAUGUGCUUACUCAAGAUGAGGCGAUUAAACCGUCAUCAAUACGAAGAAACACAGGAUCUGAAUUUUCACGCAUGAUAAAAGAGGCUAAAGUUCUUGGAAAUGCACUUGGAAUUCCGUGUUUAGAUGGGAUUGAGGAGGGUGAAGCUCAAUGCGCAUUAUUAAACUCUGAAUCAUUCUGUGAUGGAUGUUUCACAUCAGAUUCUGAUGCCUUCUUAUUUGGAGCAAGGACAGUGUAUAGAGAUAUUUGCCUAGGGGAUGGCGGGUAUCUUGUUUGCUAUGAAAUGGAUGAUAUUGAGAGAAAGCUCGGACUCGGAAGGAACUCGUUGAUAACGCUGGCAGUAAUUCUUGGCGGUGAUUACUCUGAAGGAGUUUAUGGGCUUGGUCGGGAGUCAGCUUGCCAGAUUGUUAAAUCAAUUGGUGAUAGUGCUAUUCUUCAAUGGAUUGCAUCAGAAGGAUUUUCGUUUGUAAUGAAGAAAAAAGGUUCUAAGAGACAGACUGAAGAUGACAAUUGCAAUGGUAGAGAAAAUGCUGCAGAGUAUAAAAAUCCUAAUGGAAGCAAAUGCCCUUCACAAAUGAAAAGUCAGGUGUUGCAAGUAUUAGAUGCAUAUCUGAGACCAAAGUGCCAUUCAGUGGACUCUGAUGCUGUACGAAGGAUUCUUGCAUUGUAUCCGUAUAGCCGCAGCCAGCUUCGGCAAAUAUGCUCUGAUUUUUUUGAUUGGCCUCCUGAGAAGACAGAUGAGUAUAUCCUUCCUAAGAUUGCUGAAAGGGAAUUGCGGAGAUUCGCCAACUUGCGGUGCACUGCAUCGCAACUGGGAGUCCAGCUUCCAUUAGAUGAGAUGCCAAUAAAGUGUCCUUUAUCUAGAAUUAUCAAGCCGAGGAAAGUUCAAGGAGUGGAUAGCUUUGAGGUGUCUUGGGAAGAAAUGGAUGGACUUGAAACCUCUAUAGUACCAGCUGAUCUCGUUCAGAGGGCUUGUCUGGAAAGGAUUUUGGAGUUCCAAGAAAGACGAGCUCAAGGAAAGAAAAGAAACACAAAUAGAUCAAGACGCAGGAAACAAGAAAAAACACAGGUGUUGGGUCAAAUUGAUCAAAAGCUCCAUGACCUCUUGCUUGAGGUUGACCGAGAAUGCUCUGUCACUGAUACGACCACUUUUUUGUGUGGAUCAGUAACAGAGGAUGAUGAAAACAUUGCUCAAAUUCAGUUGGUAGAUCCAGGUAUACAGUACCAUAAUACAUGGAAUAGCUACAGUGUCAAGGAGGGUGAUUUUAUUUCUGGGAGCGCCAGUUGCCAAGAGAGCGACAUUUUAUCAGCUUCAUCUGAAGAUGAAGUAAUUGAUCUCACAAGUCCUCCACCACUGCCGCGUGCUUCUGGUAACUCCAAACACCAAGAGGACAACGUUCAAUGCAUGGAUGUGAUAGAGCUUAGUGAUUCAGAAAAUGACAUAUUCUCCCCUGAACAUAUACGGAGAGCCAGAGAACUGAGAACGUUCAUUGCAGGAAUUAAGGACAACACCUACUGAAUGUAACAUGGAUGUUUUUCCAGUGUAAUGUGUGUAUAUGUAUAUUUAUUCACAUAUUUAUCAUAAGUUGCCCAUCUCUGGCAAUUGGUCGCGUGAUGUCAACUUGUGAUGGAUGUUUUUUCUUGCUUGCUCUUCAAGACGAGCAACCUGUAGCCUUAGAAUAUCUUCAAAUUAAGGACAUGCUGACUGUACACUCUGUUUCUCCCCCUUGUAUUUGUUUUAUUGAAAAAGAAAACAAGAACCUUUCUUCCCUCA